GGCGACUCUGCAGCGGGAGCAGGCGCCGCCUCCACAGGCUGCAGGGCGGAACCAGAGUGACCGGCUGCUGCGCCGCGUCGGACGCUGCUGGGGCGCGGACAGGAAACGGCGGCGGCGGCGGCAACAGGAGCGGGAGGAUGGAGGCGGUGUACAGCUGUUGACGAGUUGUGUUAUGAUGCCUUCACGUAACAAUGCUACCGCUGGGGUCUCCAGCAGCAAGGUGAAAUACUCCAAACUCGCAGACAGCGAUGAUGGCUACAUUGACCUUCAGUUUAAGAAGCAUACUCCAAAAGUUCCCUACAAGGCAAUUGCUCUUGCCACUGUUCUCUUCCUGAUCGGCACGUUGCUGAUUACAAUCGGUGCCCUUCUGCUGACCGGAUACAUUGACAGUACGUACAGUGACACAACCUGGCCAGUGCUGAUCAUCGGGAUCCUGGUCUUCCUUCCUGGCUUUUACCAUCUCCGUAUUGCAUACUACGCCUCCAGGGGAUACCGAGGUUACUCUUAUGAUGACAUACCAGACUUUGAUGACUGAAUGCAAUUCCUUCCCUUUGGUUGAGUGCUGCAUCUAGUCUCAUCCCAGUCCUAGCAAUGACGGAUUUAAUCAGGAAACUUCAAUUCGCAAUGGCAGAGGUUGACCUAAUUGAAUUGCAGCUACAACGUAAUGAUGCUGUGAGCAGUGGUCGCUUUGCUCUGUUGCGACUCCAUUUUCAGAUGCUCUGAUUCAAGUAUUUCCAGUUGUUCCUUUUGAAGAGGUUUUCAGAGUACUUCUCGUUCACAUUAAAGAUAUGUGUAGUUUUGACCGUCAUAUACGGGUGUGUUUCCACCAGGUCCCUAUCCGAAUCAAACUUAUGUACUCUACCCCCUUAUGAAGCAAAGGGCAUUGGCCCAAGACUCCAAAUCUCUUCCCCAAAAAAGUGACCAUGUCAGGGUGAUCCAAACAGCAGAGAGAACCAAUGCUGUAUCUCUGAGGCAAGAAAGGCUUUAACAAGAUUAUCUGUUUCUCAGAGCAACAGAGAGUACAUUGAAUGAAAAAUAUUGCCCCAUUCAUUAGAAUCAUAGUCAUACAGCACAGAAACAGGCGCUUUGGCCCAACUUGACCAUGCAAACCAAGAUGCCCCAAUUACACUUGGCCCAGCUCCCUGCAUUUGACCCAUACCCCACUAAACCUCUCCUAUCCAAUUAGAGUAAGGCCUAAUCAUAUCAUUAGCCUAAUAAACAUUUUUUUUUAUGUUGAACUUGCAUAUAUAUAUUCUACUAAAUUUAAUUCAGCUCGAGAAUCAGAUGCAUUUAUGACCAAUACUGCAAUAUAGCAAAAUUUGUGCAGAAUCUUGUUGUGAAUUCUGUGGGUGGGAAUGAUAGGAGCAGAAUUAGGCCAUUCAACCCAUCAAGUCUACUCCACCAUUCAAUCAUGGCUGAUCUAUCUCUCCCUCUCAACCCUAUUCUCCCGCCUUCUCCCCACAACCCCUGACACCAAUACAAAUCGAGAAUUUGUCAAUAUCUGCCUUUAAAUUUUCCAUUGACGUGGCCUCCACAGCUUUCUGUGGCGAUGAAUUCCACAGAUUCACCACCCUCUGACUAAAGAAAUUCCUCCUCAUCUCCUUAAAAGAACAUCCUUUUAUUCUGCGGCUAAUACCUCUGGUCCUAGACUCUCCCACUAGUCCUCCUCACGUUCACUCUACCCAGCCUUUUCAUUAUUUGAGUUUAAUGAGUUUUCUGAAUUAAACACUUUGCUACAUGGAGCUUCUGGCUUUCUGGGCCAUUUCAGGUAGUGGGAGGG